AUGGCUAAUAAGAGUCAAGUCGACGACCCGUUCAGCAAAGAAGUGCUCCGUUUCCGAGCUGAGUAUGAGCACCGUCGCGUUACUACCAAUCUUUAUCCACCUGGCGGUCGACCACAUCUUGAAAUGGAACUCCAGCGCAGCGACAAGUCUUACAUGACGUACUGGUUCAACGACGGCACCAAGUAUGGCCAGUGCGUUCGCAUCUUUGACGUUCCCGGUCACUUUGAGAUCGAUGGCGAUGACAUACGUCCACUAAAUUGCUGUCUGGAGCAUCCCGAGCUCAUAGAGGACGACUUUGAGGACGUGAGUGAGCUCGUUACCAAGCUGCCUCUCGUCCGUGUCGACCCAGCGAAGCACUUUGUCAAGAAGGGCAAGUACCGAAGCGAGAUCGAGAAUCUCAUCAAGUGCCAGGGCGGCUCUGUGCCAGGCCAUCCACUCUCUCCGAACAUUAUCCAGCUUCUCGGCAGGUCCGCCGACGGGCAGCUCGUCUUCGAAAAGCUGUCGUCUAGCGCGCGCACCCUCGGUCGCUUCUACUCUUUGGCCGUUUACAGGAGCUGGAUUCUACAACUCAUUGACGCCUUGGAUUGUCUUCACUCAGUUGGCAUCGUCCAUCGCGACUUACGCGCCGAUAACCUUCUCUUUUCAGACGACGGGGGGCGUCUGGUUGUUUGCGAUCUCGAAAGCCGUUGGGGAGAGCGGUCGGCGCCGGAGGUCGCUUUCCAAGGAGGGCUGGAGGACUCGGGGUGGACCGCUAGAUCCGAUAUAUAUGAUAUUAGAAACUGCAUUAAAAGCAUGGUUUACUGGAACGGGCCAAUCACGCACUUCGUCGAAUGGCCUGUUCCACCUCCGCUCCAGGCCAUCGUCGAAGCGUGCAUGCGUCUGACGCCGGAGGAGCGUCCAACCCUAGCAGACUUGCGUAUCAUGGUGGGAGAGAUCCAGAAAGAAAUCGACCCCCCUAACAGCUCCUCGCAUUACCAGAACGCCCCGGCAGUCACGGUUUCGGCCUGCGUGAUUACUUGCGUGGCCCUUCAUAUGACGGGAAAAUAG